ACCCAUCCAUCCACCUAUCGUCCUACCAAUGGUGACAGUCCUCCGAGAAUCAUCCUUGAGAGUCUUCUGUGUCCUGCCUGGAAGAUGCACUGGGAGUGUUGCAUGAUGGAAUUUGAACAUUACCUCAAGAGGUUUUGUGUUUUGGAGUAGCUGAUUGUGUUUGUCCUCUGCUGACCAUUGCUUCGGACUCCUUUUCUGGUGUCCUUUUGAGGCCUUAAACCCAAAGGGAUUAUACCAUGGACUACAAGGAAAGCUGCCCAAGUGUAAGCAUUCCCAGCUCUGAUGAACACAGAGAGAAAAAGAAGAGAUUCACUGUUUAUAAAGUUCUGGUCUCAGUGGGCAGGAGUGAGUGGUUUGUCUUCAGAAGAUAUGCAGAAUUUGAUAAGCUUUACAAUACUUUAAAGAAACAAUUUCCCACUAUGGCCCUGAAGAUUCCUGCCAAGCGAAUAUUUGGUGAUAAUUUUGAUCCCGAUUUUGUUUGGCUUUAUUACUAUAAAUGGUAUUAUUUUUAUUUUCAUUUUAAAAGGGAGAAAAGCUGUAGAAAUACUUUCAAAGUCAUAAUAAAUUUAAAUUUUGUUUUUAGUCCAGAUGUCAGAGCGUUCCUUCAAAUGGACAGUCCGAAACACCAGUCAGACCCAUCUGAAGAUGAGGAUGAAAGAAGUACUGAGAAGCUACACUCUACCUCACAGAACAUCAACCUGGGACCGUCUGGAAAUCCUCAUGCUAAACCAACAGACUUUGAUUUCUUAAAAGUUAUUGGAAAAGGCAGCUUUGGCAAGGUUCUUCUUGCAAAACGGAAACUGGAUGGAAAAUUUUAUGCUGUCAAAGUGUUACAGAAAAAAAUCGUUCUCAACAGAAGAGAGCAAAAACAUAUUAUGGCUGAACGUAAUGUGCUCUUGAAAAAUGUGAAGCAUCCAUUUUUGGUUGGAUUACAUUAUUCCUUCCAAACAACUGAAAAGCUUUAUUUUGUUCUGGAUUUUGUUAAUGGAGGGGAGCUGUUUUUUCACUUACAAAGAGAGCGGUCCUUUCCUGAACACAGAGCAAGGUUUUAUGCUGCUGAAAUCGCCAGCGCAUUGGGUUACUUGCACUCCAUCAAAAUAGUGUACAGAGACUUGAAACCGGAAAAUAUUCUUCUGGAUUCUGUAGGACAUGUUGUCUUAACAGAUUUUGGGCUUUGUAAAGAAGGAAUUGCUAUUUCUGAUACCACAACGACAUUUUGUGGAACACCAGAGUACCUAGCACCUGAAGUGAUCAGAAAACAGCCCUAUGACAAUACUGUAGAUUGGUGGUGCCUUGGUGCUGUACUGUAUGAAAUGCUGUAUGGGUUGCCUCCUUUUUAUUGCCGAGAUGUUGCUGAAAUGUAUGACAACAUUCUGCACAAGCCCCUAAAUCUGAGGCCAGGAGUGAGCCUCACAGCCUGGUCCAUUCUGGAAGAACUCCUAGAAAAAGACAGGCAAAAUCGGCUCGGUGCCAAAGAAGACUUUCUUGAAAUUCAGAAUCAUCCCUUUUUUGAAUCACUCAGUUGGACGGACCUUGUACAAAAGAAGAUUCCACCACCGUUUAAUCCUAAUGUGGCAGGACCAGAUGAUAUUAGGAACUUUGAUGCAGCGUUUACGGAAGAAACAGUUCCAUAUUCUGUGUGUGUGUCUACUGACUAUUCUAUAGUAAACGCCAGCGUACUGGAGGCUGAUGAUGCAUUCGUUGGUUUCUCUUAUGCACCUCCUUCCGAAGACUUAUUUUUGUGAACAUUUUGCCAUCCGGGAACCAUUGAGCAAAUAUAAACCUAUGUACAGAUGAGACUGAAAUUCCUGUUUGUGUGAAUAUAUUCAAAUAUGUUUAGUGCCUCUUUUUUAUAUAUAAUGUUAACAACUAUGAAAAAUGUAUUUUCUGCUGUAUGUAAGAAAAUAGUGCGUUUCAAAGAGCUAACUUUGGAAUUAAAAUUUGUAUUCUUGUUUAUUAAGCUUAUUUUUAAACAGAAAUUUUAAAAGCUGUUGUUCUUAGCAUUAACCUAUUUUUAAAGAAAACUUUUUUGCAAAUGACUGUUUUUUUUCCCAAGUUUACACUAACACCUACCCAAGAUAGACUGUUUUUCAACUGCCUAUUUCAGUUCAGUUAACAUAUAUUAAUGCCUUUGUAACUCUACUUUGAUCUUUGUUCUCAGAUCAGAACUAUGCAAUUUGUAUGUGGUUGUUUAAGAAGAAACCAUAACUGUCCAUAAAAAUCUCGGCUUGCCAUAA